GCUCAAACACGAAACGCACAAGGGGAGAAGAAAAAAAACGAGUCCACUCCGCCCACGCAUCCGAGAUCCCAAAUCCGCCGGAGGAAGCAAUGGCCGGCGGAGACGUGGAGGCCACGGCGGCGCUUCUGCCGCCGCCGGCGGGGUCGGAGGAGGCGGAGCGCGCUCCGCCGCCGGAGGACCGGCUCGGGGUGGGCUACCUCAUCUUCUUCACGCUGGGCGCCGGGUUCCUGCUGCCCUGGAACGCCUACAUCACCGCCGUCGACUACUUCUCCUACCUCUACCCGGGCGCGCCCGUCGACCGCGUCUUCUCCGUCUCCUACAUGCUCUCCUGCCUGCUCCCGCUGCUCCUCAUCGUGCUCGUCUUCCCCAAGUCCAGCGCCGGGGCGCGCAUCAACACGGGGCUCGCCCUCUUCACGCUCGCGCUCCUCGUCGUGCCCGUCAUGGACGCCGUCUACGUCAAGGGCACCCCGCGGCUCUACGGGGCGUUUGACGUAACCGUCGCCGCCACCGCCUUGUGCGGCGUCGCAGACGCGCUCGUGCAGGGCGGGGUCAUCGGCUUCGCCGGGGAGCUCCCCGAGCGGUACAUGCAGGCCGUCAUUGCCGGAACCGCCGCUUCAGGUGUGCUUGUCUCGGCGAUGAGAGUACUUACCAAAGCAAGCUACCCUCAGGACGCCCCUGGCUUAAGGGCAAGCGCGAUCCUGUACUUCAUCGUCGGUAUCGUGGUCAUGAUCAUCUGCAUAGUGUGCUACAAUGUGGCCGACAGGCUCCCGGUCGUGGUGUACUACAAGAACCUCAAGAGGAGGGCUCAGAAGGCAGAGGUGGGCGGCGGCAUGACGGGGUCCGCCUGGAGGUCAACCUUGUGGAGCAUCGUCGGGACAGUGAAGUGGUAUGGGGUGGGAGUUGUUCUCAUCUACGGAGUCACCCUGUCCAUAUUCCCGGGGUUCAUCACAGAGGACGUGCACUCUGAGGCGCUCAAGGACUGGUACCCUAUCAUGCUCAUCAGCGCCUACAACGUGUUUGAUCUCGUCGGCAAGUGCCUGCCGGCCCUCUAUCUCCCCGAGAACGGCAAAGUCGCUGUUGCUGGGUCAUUCGUGAGGCUCCUGUUUAUCCCUCUCUUCUACGCUUGCCUGCACGGACCCAGCUUCUUCCGCACCGAGGUCCCGGUCACCAUACUGACAUGCCUCCUCGGACUCACCAACGGGUACCUGACCUCCGUGCUCAUGAUCCUCGCGCCCAAGGCUGUGCCCAUACACCACUCCGAGACCGCCGGGAUAGUCAUAGUAUUGUUCCUUGUCACUGGGCUAGCCAUCGGCUCUUUUGUUGCUUGGUUCUGGGUCAUCUGAAUGGUGAGGGGGGCUGCCAUCCCUGUGUAUUCAUGGCUUCUGGUCAUCUGAAUGGGGGCCCUGCCACCUUGUGUAUUCAUGUCUGUAUACCAUGGCAUCAUGUUCUUGCUGAUGCUUCAUUUGCCCAACCAAGGGUAUGUAACUUGUUAGUUGUAUGUUUGCAUUCAUGAAAGGAUAUCGGUGCAAACGUGUGUAAAUUUACAUUCAUGGAAAGGAUAUCCACAGUUUAUAUUGAUUCCUCA